UAGAGAACCAAGAUGUCUCCGGCACACCCAGCAAAACCCCUCCUCGCUCAGCAACCUCAAGCCUGGCUAGGGAUACAGCGUUUCCUCCUACGCCCACGUCCGUCACUGAUCUCAAAUCUUUCCUUUGGGAGAAGUCUGAUUGCAACUAUACCAAGCGGAAGAGAUCGGACAGCCACAAUGGCAGCGAUGACGAAGACGUUAAUCUUGCAAGGCAGUCUAGACGAAGACGGAUUGCUGAUUCCAUGGCCUCGGCACUCGAGCCAUUACAUGAGACACUGGAUGAGACAGUGGAGAAAUUGGAAGAAAGAAUGACUGGUUCCUUAUCAGGGUUCAAUAAUGAGCUUUUGAAGGCAGGCGAGGAGUGCACAGAGAAGCACAAGCGGCAAUCUCAAAAGCUCGAAGCCCUAGAGACCCGUGUUGAAAAGGCUGAGCAGGGCCUCAACAUAGAAGCAUCACCGCAAGACGUGAUAAGGCGGAUUAAAAAUAUCGACGAACGCAUAACCGACAUCACUACGCGGCAAACGACAGUAGACAUCCUCGGUCAAGAUAAUGCGAAGCUGCUACGAAGAACAAUCACGCGAGACGACGCGCACAUGCUUCUCGACCCUGUGAGAGAAGAUAUUAAAAACACCAAAGACACUAUGAGAACAACCCGGGUGGUAUUCGAUCUCAGGCUGAAAGCCGUCGAAGAUGCUAAAGAGACUGUGAAAGCGACUCAGACGGAAUUCGAUCACAGGCUGAACGCUGUUGAAGAUGCUAAAGAGACUAUGAGAGCGACUCAGACGGAAUUCGAUGAGAGACUGAACGCUGAAGGUCAGAAUAGGGAAAAUCUCAGGUGUGACCUCACUUUGAAGAUGGGAACGCAUCGGAUCGAAACGGAUAGCAAGAUCACUAAACGCUUCGACGAGUUCGAGGGAAAGAACAUUGUGCCACUCCGGACCGACAUUACCAAACUGCAGUCUACUACUAAAUUGCACGAUGAGAAAAUCCUCGAACUUUCAAAAGACCGCCUUCGCCGCGCAGCAGAAACACCAACCUUGGAGAGUGUGAAUGAACUUCAAGUAUCGCACAACGGGUUGUCCGACAAUGUCGCCAAAGUCAAAGCAGACGUCCUACAAGUCGAUGGCAAGGUUACUGCUCUCCAGGAGUCUUUCGACAAGCAUGCCCUGCAAGUAUCCUCACACCAUAACCAGUUGGAGAGACUCGAGGAAGCCAUUCUCAAGAAGGUUGAUCCACCGAGUGAAACCGCUAAGAGUCCUGCGCAUUCUUCGCCUACCCAAACAUCGUCUACUCAAUCUUCGUGUAACCACACUAGGGAGCAAAAGAUCUAUUGGUCGUAUGAGGCGGGUAAACGAAAUGUAGAACAUCUUAAGUGUCACCAAAAGAAAAUCCAAAAAAUAAAAGCAAAGACCGAAGUUCAACGCGAAAUAAUCGAUGGUUGGGACGAGCGCAUCAUGAAGGUGCAGGCGGACUUGGAAAAGAAAUAUGAUGAGCGCAUCAAAGAAAUGAAAGAGCAACAUGAUGUAGAGAAAGCAGCUAUGAGUGCCCGCCUUGACGGAGCACUUGCGACUAUGCAGUCCAUGGCGUCCGAUAUCAGAGCGUUGAAAGACGACCAACAACCCAUGCCCGCCAUGGUUACCGAUCUUCGUCGCCAAAUCGAGCAGGAAGUCGAGGUGCGACAACAUAAGACCGAAUUGCUCGACAGCCGUGUCGACGAAGUCUCGGGCGUGGCUCUAGCAAUCCGGGAUGUUCUGUUCCCUGAGCUUCGACAAGAGCUGGAGGAUCGAGUCCAAACAGUCUUAACUACUACUCAACAGGAUUCACAGCACAAUAUCGACACCGGGAAGCAAGCUCUUGAGGAUCUCCGGACUGAGGUGAAGGGGCAGAUUGACGAGGUAACGAGCCGAUCAAGCUUGGCUGAGGCGUCUUUAGAAUCACGCAUAGAGAAGAGAGCGGAUGCAAUCGAGGAGAAGACAACUGGUGUGCUCGAUGUAUUGGGACAACGUGUCACUGACCUUGAGGGCGCGACAAAGGCAGCAGAAAUGGUGGCUGAAGCCUCAUCGGCAACACUCGCAGCGGUCAAGGAGCGCAUGACUGAUCUCGAAUCUGCAAGUGAAGCAUCCAAGGCAGCGAUUGAGGCCUUGUCGGCAGCAUUCGACCUUCUAAAUGGACUUGUAGCUGAUCUCGAAUCUGCAACCAAGGCAGCGCCGUCAGCAUUCGCGGCCAAAUUGGCAAAAACAGAACAAUUCAAGAGUCUCCAGAACGAGGUCGAUACCUUAACCUCAAACCGCGAAACAAACGACACCGAUCUCCGUAACAUUCGGCGACGCCUGGAGAGAAUAGAAGCGAAUCCUCAGCCAGUGCUUGGUGAAUAUGUGACGAGUGCACAGUUCAAUGGACUACAGAGCUGGUGUCGAACCCAAUUCAGUGGCACCAAGGCCGACCUAAAGAAGGACAUGAAGCAGAGGGUUCACUCAAUAGAGCAGGAUGUCGAGCGGGUGAAGAAGGAGGUCGAGCAGACCAAGCAGGAGGUUGAGCAGGUCAAGCACCAGGUUGAUAAUGACGCCUCUGCUUACACUACGGUAAGGUUUCUCGGUGCCAUGCGACGAUACUCAGCUAAUAGUCGAACAGCUUGUCAACAAAUUUCCACAACUUGCAAACCCAGCAACAACGGCUGCUUAUCCCUCGCCACGAACAAGCUUGAGCCCACUGAUGGCAUCUAACCCACAGCAGCAGUCUGCCCUUGCCGCGUCUAAUAGUGUCCCUGCAA